AUCAUCGAAGAAAGUGUAAAGUGAACGUUCCUAACAGUGGUCAUGGCAGAGAGGUGGCGCGAAAGUUUGGAAAAUAUGAACAAAAAUUGUAUCAGUAGACUUCAGGAAUAUGCCGCCAAAAGAGGAUUAGAGGUCGAAUAUAAGGACACAAUUUCAAGCCAUGGAGGGUUUAGGUGCGACGUAAGUUUCAAGAAGUUUAUUGCAAGCGGGACAGGGAGAAAGGUAAAGGAAGCGAAAGAGGCGGCAGCGGACCAGGCUCUUCGGUUCCUUUAUAAAGACAGCGGGAGAAGACAGCAUCCGCUGAAUCCGUUACCGAUUUCCAGAAGAGAUGAUGAUUUAUACACCAGACAACAUAGGAGGUCUAGUGAUACUGAAGAAAAUGAGACUGAUUCGAAGGAGUAUGAAACUGAUUCGGAGGAGUAUGAAACUGAUUCGGAGGAGCAUGAAACUGAUUCGGAAGAGUAUGAAACUGAACCGAAAAAUUCAACUUAUGCCGUCGCUAAAUAUUCCUCAUUCGCUCCAAUGACCCGUCGCCCCGUCACCCCAGCCUGGGACGAUCAACAACCUGUGAUGAAAAACCCCGUCGGUGCAUUGAUGGAAUAUGCACAAGCUCGUAGAAAAGUUGCAAGAUUUGAGGAGGAAGCCAAAUUGGGCCCUCCACACUGUCCGACAUACACAAUGCGGGCUUAUAUAGGGGACAGCAUGUUAGCUGAAGGGACUGAUGGCAGCAAAGACGGUGCGAAAAGGAAAGCCGCGGAGGCAUCUCUUGAUAUGUUAGAGGGUCAACCAUCACGUAAAUGUUUGAGGAUAUCGCCUCCAGAACCCAUCGACAAGAACGACGGACCCUGUCCUCCUGGAUUUGAUCCAAUCAGUGUCCUUAAUGAGUAUGCUCAGAAGUCGGGAUUAGAGUUGAGUUUUCCUGAUCCGGAUGUUACUGGGCCAGAUCACGAAAGAAUAUUUACAUAUCAAGCGAAGAUUGGAAAUAAGAAAUAUGCCAGAGCGUCAGAGAGCACAAAGAAAGAGGCAAAGCGAGAGGCAUGCAGGAACGCAUUGAGGUCAUUGAAACGGAAGAAGCUAUACAAUUUCCAGCCUGGGUUAUCUACGUUCAGAAUGAGUGAACCAUUAACCUUCCAUGACAAAAUCGCUAAACUCUGUCAUGAAAAGUUUGACACAGUGGUAGCAGACAUACCUGAUAACCUUGCUGGUCGUAAGGUUAUAGCUGGAGUCGUCAUGGAAUCAAAAAGUAACAAGACGUUUGAAAUUAUCAGUUUGGCAUCUGGGAAUCGCUUCAUCAGGGGAGACGCACUGACAACAGACGGACAAGUGCUGGUUGACUCGCACGCAGAGAUCCUUGCUUCUCGGGGAAUGAAGAGAUUAUUUUAUCACCAUAUAAAAAAGCUUUGCAUGGGGCAAAAGUCGAAUGUCCUUCAAAGACGUGGACAGGGAAAGGCUGAGCUACAAUCUGGCAUCGAGUUUCACCUGUACAUAUCUACCGCACCUUGUGGAGACGGGGCAACAUUCACGCCGAGUGCUGGUCUGUCAGUAGAAGAAAACGGUCAUAACCCAACAUUCGAUAACGACAAACAGGGACUACUACGGACAAAAAUCGAACAAGGCGAAGGACAGAUUCCAUUCAAAAAGAAGCAAGUGAGUCACCAGUACCAGAGUAUGGAUGCAGUAAGAUGUGGGGAACGAUUGCGUGUCAUGUCUUGUAGUGACAAGCUCUGCAAGUGGAACUUUUUAGGAGUGCAAGGAGCGCUUCUGGCCAAUAUGAUGGAACCUGUGUACUUAAGCUCCAUAACCUUAGGAACUCUCUACAACCACGGACACAUGGCAAGAGCUAUGUGUUGCAGGCUGGAAAAGAACGGUCCAAUUGAAUCUUUACCGCACGGUUAUAAGGUAAACCAUCCCUUACUUGGUGCUGUAUCUCGGAAGGAUGACCCCAAGCGAAGUGUCGGGAAAUCGACUGCACAUAGCAUUAACUGGAAUAGUGCGGACGAUUGCCCUGAAAUGACUGAUGGAACAACAGGUCUACUACACAACAAUGGAUUUAUAAGAACAACGUUAACUAAGACCAAAUCAAGACUGUGUAAACAAGAGCUGUUGCGGUCCUAUAAGGAAAUCUGUACGGAUAUAGGCAUACGGACCCUUGUCAAGAAUGACUACCUUAAGACUAAAAAAACAUCUACGCAAUACCAGCGCUGCAAGAAAUCCCUGUAUGCAGCCUUACACAGCCAGGGGUAUGGGACAUGGUUAGGACUUCCGAGAGAAUGUCAGGAAUUUUCAACGUCUCCCCAACCACUUUCCGUCGUAUGCGGCAUCUAGUUGAUCGGUCUAAAUUAAAAUACAAUGAUUGAUUAUUCGCAUUGGUAAAAGGCAUUGUGGCUGUGUCAGUUAGUGGCCGUCGUUAAAACGGCGUCAAUUGUUGAAGGUCGUUGGUUAUAACGGCGCUACAGAACAGCAUUAUUCAUUCAUUACUUGGACAUAGAUUGUACUCGCAUACUCGUAAUAUAAUACACCAUUUUGUUAUCUAUUGAUGUCAUCUAAGAAAAACAGAUGCGAUAUUCAUUAAAAACAAAUUUUAAUUGGAAAACCUUAUUACUUCUCAGUGUUGACAGUGCAUUUGAAAACUUUGAAAGAGUACUAUUCUGUGGAUAAUAUUUUCUUAACAGCAUUUCUCGCGGAAAACAAUCGGAGCAUCCUUGUUAUAUCUCAAAUUCAUUAGUCGUUUUGAUACUUUUUCAUACAUUUAAUGGUGCAGUAUCGAUUGAAAUAUGAUCCUGCAUGUAAUGAUUUUAAUGGUGUGUCCUGCACAUAAUAAUUAUAAAUGUUCGUUAUGGUUGUUCAAACAUUAUAGAAAACAUUUCUGAACAAUUUGUUUUAGCAGAUACCAGUUUUUCGGUCUUCCAAUAAGCUUUUUGUAAUAAAGUCCUUAUGUGUUUUGGAGUACAUGUAAUAUAUUUCGUGACUAUUUCUAUAGUUUGAUAUAAGAUCGAUUUGUAUUUGUUAAGAACAUUUGGAAUUCAACUCUCGGCCCCUAACCCCAUUCAAAGUAUGUUAGCUUAAGUACAAUCCUUUCAAAAUUGAUAGGAACCAAGAAGCUACAAUAAAUUGAUAAACUAUCUGUUUCAGUUCUCCCGAUUUCAUAUAAUUGUAUCUCUGAUAUGUUACAUCGGAUAAUGUAAAAGAAUUUCCUAUCUUAA